AUGCCACUCAAACAAGCUUUGUCCAUUGGUAUUAAUUCGUAUUCACCAAGUCAUUUAGCUUUACGACCUUGUAUUCACGAUGCAACAGAUCUACAUCAUUCAUUACGUUCAAUUGGUUUUCAAAGUGAAUAUGGAGCCGAUCUUGAUUUAAAUGCAAUGAAAUCGGCUACCCAUCGAUUUGUUAAAUCUAUUCGACCCGGUGCGGUUGUUUUAUUUUAUUUUUCUGGUCAUGGUGUUCAAUCUGAUGGUAAUAAUUAUUUAGUACCAGCAAAUGCUACUGGAAUUUGUGCGGAUAAUAUAAAAUCAACUGCCAUUGAUGCUCAAAAAUUAAUUAAUGAUAUGCAUAGUAGACAUCCGAGACUUGUUAUAUGUAUACUUGAUUGUUGUAGAACCGAUCCACCAACAGAACCACUCGAUGCAAGUAGUUUCUAUAAGCGAGCUUUAGCUGGAACAAGACCAGGUUUUGCACCAAUGCGUGCUCCAUCAUCAACUAUUGUUGUAUAUGCUUGUGCAGCAGAUGAUACAGCUUCACCUAAUUCAAAAAAUGGUCGAAAUAGUUUAUAUACAUAUCAUUUACUUCGUUAUAUCAAAACACCAAAUACCGAUAUUGAAACUGUUCUAAGACAUGUUGCUGCAGACGUCCAGAAAGAAUCAGCACAUGAACAAAUACCCUUUCGAUACAGUAGUUGUAAUGAAAUGAUUUGUCUUGUAGGUAAAAAUAUACAUAAUGCACCGAUGUCACCUCAUGGCGGUCAAGCAAAACAUCUUGCUCAGCCAUUAUAUCCCACACACCAGAGAGCUUUGGCUCUUUACCAUCCACACCCACAACAAAAAGCUUUGACUCAUUUCCAACCGCACUCACAUCAAAAAGCUUUGUCUCUUUACCAUCCGCAUUCACACCAAAAAGCUUAUCAUAAUUCACUGAGAGGUCAUUUUGGUACGACAGUUCAUCGUCGUCCAACUGCUAGACAUGCAUUAUUAGACAUGCAACGAACUCCUUCAAGAUUCGGCCCUGGAUCUCCAAGAGAUUUAUGGUAUUAUUGA